CGUCCCACGGCUUCACAGGAGCGGAUGAGGGAAAGGGUGGUGGUUGCCCUGAGCGAUACUGCCCCGCCGCCGCCGCCGCCGCGUCAACGACUCAUGAGGCAGCCCCAGAGCAGGAACGCCCCAUAGGCCGUCCCGCGGGGGGAGGGGACUGCGGUUCCUUCCUCCUCCUCCUCCUCCUCCCCCGGCCUCUUACUGGUCCCCGAAGGCGGCCGGCUCAAAGGGGAAAGGUUAGGGAGGGACAGAAAGCGGGGAGGGGGUGGCUUGUGGAGGACCCCCCCACAGUUGGGGAGAUGUGAGGUUUAUAUACAUGUGGGGAUCCUCUACCUGAGCUUGGCACCAGACACAGUGGGAGUUGGGGGAGGGAGUUCAUUGGGAGGGAGGUCCCUGCUGGCAGCCCCCAAAGUGGAGGGGGUUGAGAGGUGCUUUUCACUCCCUAUUUCAGGGAAGGGGGGCAUGGGCUGCAAGGAGCCGGCUUGGCCUGAAUAGAAAGCUCCUGCCCCACAUUAGGGUUGUAGCCCCCCCCACACCUUGCAGUGGGGAGACGGGGGGCGAGAGCCCCAACAUGAGCUCCUCCGGCGAUGCCAACAACAAGUUUCCUUUGCACGGCUUAGUCUGGAAGAACGACUUCCAGCGGCUGGAAGAAGUGCUGAAAGACAAGCAGGAUGUGGACCAGCGGGAUCCCCGUGGGCGAACCUUGCUACAUCUUGCUGUUUCUUUGGGAUACAUCGAGUCUGCCAGAGUCCUUCUGCGACAUAAAGCAGAUGUCACCAAAGAGAAUGCACAGGGAUGGACAGUCUUGCACGAAGCUGUAAGCACAGGGGAUCCUGAGAUGGUCCAUACGAUCCUGCAGCAUCGGGAUUACCAUCAAACAUCCGCUACUCUUGGUGGGGUCCCAGAAUUGCUCCAAAAAAUCAAUGAGACUCCAGAUUUUUAUGUGGAAAUGAAAUGGGAAUUCACCAGUUGGGUUCCCCUGGUUUCCAGAGUUUGCCCAAGCGACAUUUGCCGCAUCUGGAAGAGUGGCGCAAAGCUGCGAGUUGAUAUCACGCUGCUGGGAUUUGAAAACAUGAGCUGGGAGCGAGGGAAGCGCAGCCUGAUCUUCAGGGGGGAAGACACCGGCCAUUGGGCAGAGCUGAUUGAGGUGAACCACGACGAGAAGGUGGUGGCGACGGAGCGCUUCGAAAUCACUCAGCAAAUUAAGCGCCUGACCUUGGACUCCAUGACCCCAAAGACCAAGGAGGUAGAGAGGCGGCUCACCUCUCCCAUCAUCAGCACGUCCCUGGAUACUAGAAACAUCGCCUUUGAAAGAAAUACAUCUGGCUUCUGGGUGUGGAGGACGGAGAAGAGUGAAGUGGUGAGCGAUUAUGAAGCAAAGGUCUACACAGCCAACAAUGUGAACGUUGUAACUAAGAUCAGAACAGAGCACUUGACUGAAGAAGAAAAGAGGAGAUACAAAGCCGACAGAAACCCCUUUGAAUCCUUUCUGGGCACCAUUGAGCAUGAGUACGGGGCUCAGCAGGACCUCACAACAGAAUACGCCACAACAAACAACCCAACAGCCAUCACUCCUGAGGAAUAUUUCAACCCUCAGUUUGACCUGAAAGACAGGGACAUCGGGAGACCCAAGGAAGUUACCAUUCGGACUCAGAAGUUUAAAGCGAACUUGUGGAUGUCUGAACAGUUCCCCCUCUCGCUUGUGGAACAGGUCACCCCCAUCAUUGACCUGAUGGCCAGGACCAGCGCCCAUUUUGCUCGACUUAAAGACUUUAUCACCUUAGACUUUCCUCCUGGAUUCCCUGUUAAAAUUGAAAUCCCCUUGUUCCACAUACUGAAUGCUCGUAUUACUUUUGGAAACGUGAAUAGCUGCAGCACCGUGGAAGAGGCGUCCCCCCAGGCUCCUGCAGUCGCUCAGCAACCAUCAGCCUCUGCCUUUGCUGUUGACCAGUCUGUCUUCGAGAUCCCCAAAUCCUACCGCAUUCAGGACGACGGCAGGAACGUGCGUGUGCAAGACGAAGACAAUGAGAUCAUGCAGUUUGCCAUUCAGCAGAGCCUGAUGGAGUCUGGCCAGAACAGAGAGGCUUUGGGGCCAGACUCGAAUGGGGCAGUCCCUUACUCCCAGGACCUCGACCUUCAGUAUCAAAGGGCUUUGCAGGAAAGCUUACUGGCCAAUGCCAGCACUCCUGCUCCUCUGAGGGAUUCCUCCAGUUUUGACCGGGACUUGCAGCUGGCCAUGGAGCUGUCUGUCCGCGAGCAGCAGGAGCUGGAACGGCGGCGGAGGGAGGAAGAGGAGGCAGAGCUGCAGCAAGCUCUCCAGCGCUCCCUCCUGGAGAAGUAGGCAGGCGGCUGCUCCUGCGGCCCGGCCUCUCUUGGAACAGAAGAGCCUGGCCUCCUCCAGUCCUGAGAACCACACGAGCGUGGGGGCCUGGGGCUGGCUGCGCUUUGCCAUCUGUGGGGCGAUUCAGAGGAUCUGCGGGAGCUGCCCUGGUCUGUCACAGCAUCGCAGACAGGAUCGCUGUGCUCUUUUUUGUGUGCGACAGAUUAAAUCCAAGGCAAGCUGCUUGGGCUGCCUUCAUCUCCUUCGCCUGCAGCCAGUGUGGCACAGAGCUGGUGUGCCCGUUUGAGAGCCUGCACUGCUGGGCGAGGGUUUGCGUGAUAAUCGUCUCGCUGCCCAUCAGAGACACAGCCAGUUCUCCAGGCUCUCUCUGAAUCCAGUGAGCCGCAGCAGUAGUCUGUUGGGGAGUGGGGAACAGCCUUCCCCAACCUGCUGCCCUCCAGGUGUUUUGGACUACAUCUCCCAUCAGCCCCAGCAUCGUACGGCCAUGCUGGCUGGGGCUGAUGGGAGUUGUAGUCCAACACACAUGGGGGGUGCGAGGUUGGGGAAGGCUGCUCUAUGGAGAACCCCCUUUUUCUUUCACUCUUCAGUGCAGUCCUAAACUCCAGUUGCUUGUCUCCCUGUAGGAGUUCACAACUAGCCCCUUCUUACACUCCCAUGGGCAAACCUCCUGACCCACACAGGAGGUUUAUAAGGGUCUCGACAUGUCUAGAUGGUGUUUGGGGUUGUUUUUUAAGUGAAUUGAGGAAAACUUACUCUGUGUGCCGAAUUCCGUACAGGAAAGGGGGGGGGGCUGCAGUAAAACAGUUUCUGUUGACCAAAAGAGAAAUUUGUGUUGCCUUCACAUAAUGUUUAUAUACCCACUUCCUCUUAAAAGUAGCAUAUUUUGUCUGUUUUUAUUUUAAGACUUGUAGCUAAAACAGCUGCCAUGAGGACUAGCAUCUUGAGUAGUACAGGAGUAAAUGUUGUCUGUGUUUCUGUGGCCUCCAGGUCAUGCUGCCGUGGCUAGCAAUAAACAUGAAGGGCAUGGGAGCCGGGAGAGGCAGAUGUGCCAUCACCAUCUCCCUCUCAACGACAGGCACAGGCUAUGGUGGGUGGAGGAGAGAAAAGCAGAGUGUACUCCUCUCCCUCCCCCCCAAAAAAAGUUGCUUAAGGAAUGGGGGCAGGCAGGAAAGAGCAGAUGUGGAGCCCCACCAAGCACAAUCCCUUAAGAGCAGCUUUUGCCCAGCUGGUGCCUUCCAGCUGCCAUGGGACAACCGCAUGAUGCUGGGACCGAGGGGCGUUGUAGUCCAAAGCAUUUGGAGGGCACCAUUUGGGGAACGCUACCUUGCAGAGAGUGACUUUUACCCAGGGCUGCCAUAUCAAUAUCCUUUAACUCUCCUCCCUCCCCCACCCCUUGCCAGCCUUUUGUGCACCCUUCAGUUGGGGGUGGGGGUGUCAAGUAUACACAGUAACUGAGCAGCAGCUCCUAACUAGAGCCCCCCACCUCUAAGCGCUGGGCAAACUCGUUGCAGGUGUUUCAGGCACUGCUGCAGCCAAUCAGCUGCUUUCGGGCCAGCUGCAAGACUAACCCUUCGCUCACUCUCCCUUUGUAGGGGUCGCCCAGCAAGCCGUAGUCAGAGCAGAUUAACACCCCUCCGUGGGCCUGCACUGGGGGCAGCCCCAUCAGAUGUGCCAAUGGCAGCCUUUAUUUAUGCCCCUUGGCUCUUAACUGAAUCCAUCACAAGCCCCUGCAGGGACAAAGUGCUCCUUGCAGGGGGGGGGGGAGAGGUGGCUGCAGUAUUCAGGUGCACUAUGGGGGGGGGAUUGACUUUGUAACCAGGC